AUGGCGGCCGGGCGAGCGUGUGCUCUUAGCGCGGUGCUGGUGGUGGUGGUGGCGCCGCUCCUCCUGGCCGGCGCGGCGGACGCCGACUGCUUCGAUUACUGCUUCAAGGACUGCAUCGCCAAGGACAAGAACAUGAUCGACUACUGCAACUACGCCUGCGACAAGACCUGCUACGCGGGCGCGCCCCAGCGGCCCUUGGCGGCGGCUGCCGCCUCCGGCGACAUGGGAUGCCAGCUCUCCUGCGCCAGGACUUCCUGCCACCGUCUGGAUCCAGACCGCGAGGCCACUGGGGCCUGCUUCGGGCAGUGCUACGACGGCUGCAAGACCAAGACUCUGCCGAGGCCUCUCCGCGCCGGCGCCGGCAUGCCCACCACGUCAGGCCCGGUGGUCGCCGACCUUCCUUCAUCCGAGCCGGACCCAGAUGACGCCUUUCCUUCAUCCGAGCCGGACCCAGAUGACGCCCUUCCUUCAUCCGAGCCGGACCCAGAUGAUGCGGUCCGUGCGUCGUCAGAGGCGCCGGAACAUCAGGCGAUGGGGCCACGUACACCGUUAUCGGAGAUCCACGCUGCUCCUCCGGCGUCUGCGUGA